CAGAUAGAUGGAGUUUAGGGCAAGCUGUACUGGAUUGCAACUAGAGAGGCAAACACAUCGUUAAAGGGAAAAGGAAAACAGGGAGGAAGCAAAAGAAAAAAUGGCUAAAUUUUUCACUCAAGAUGAAAUCCACGAAUUCAAAGAGUGCUUCUCACUGUAUGACAAGAAACGUAAAGGCAAGAUAUCUGCUGGAGACCUGAUCACAGUUAUGCGGUGCCUGGGUACCAGCCCGACACCAGGAGAGGCGGGCAGACACCUGCUGCAUCAUAAAAUAGAAAGAAAUGGUGAACUGGAUUUCUCAACAUUCCUUGCCGUCAUCCACCAGCAGAGGCAGCAAGAGGAUCCACAAAAGGAGAUUCUGGAAGCUAUGUUGAUGACAGACAAACAAAAACAAGGCUUCAUUACAGCCACUGAGCUGAGGACCAAACUGACCCAACUCGGCGAGAAACUGACAAACCAGGAAGUUGAUGACCUCCUGCAAGAAGCAAAUAUCCCCCCAAAUGGGAUUGUGAAAUACGAGGACUUCAUCCAAAGCAUCACUCUCCCACACACAAAUUACUGAACGUCCACCAAAUGAUACACUGAGGAAUCAGGAUACCUCCGUUCAAACUCUCCAGGUUAAAUUGCCAAAAUUAUUCACUGAUUGAUUCCACUGCUAUGUAAUUGAAGACCAUUUGUAAGCACAAUUACCAAGAUAAAUACAAGUAGCCCUCGUAAAAUAAAAUAAGCGGCACGGUUGUCAGUGGUUAGCACUGCUGCCUCACAGCACCAGGGACCUUGGUUCAAUUCCACCCUCGGGU